UCUUCUUGUUACUAAUAGAUGUCACCUUACAGAAAAAAGCCUGUGUAGAAAUAAGGCCCUAGGAGAAAAACGAGAUCGACUUCGCACACAUAUUUGUUAGGGUGGCGAACAGAGGCUUGAAGAGAAAAAUGAGCAGCUCCGAAGAAGUUUCGUGGAUCUCCUGGUUUUGUGGCCUACGUGGAAAUGAAUUCUUCUGUGAGGUUGAUGAAGAUUAUAUCCAAGACAAGUUCAAUUUAACUGGACUGAAUGAACAAGUACCACACUAUCGGCAGGCACUUGAUAUGAUUUUGGACCUAGAGCCAGAUGAUGAUGUUGAAGACAACCCCAAUCAGUCUGAUUUGAUAGAACAAGCUGCUGAAAUGCUUUAUGGGUUGAUUCAUGCUAGAUACAUUUUAACAAAUCGUGGAAUUCUACAAAUGCUUGAAAAGUAUCAUGCUGGUGAUUUUGGUCAUUGCCCAAGAGUAUACUGUGAGAAUCAACUGAUGUUGCCAAUUGGCCUAUCAGAUGUUCCAGGGGAAGCUAUGGUGAAGCUUUAUUGUCCAAAAUGUAUGGACGUCUAUACCCCUAAAUCCUCCCGUCAUCACCACACUGAUGGAGCGUACUUUGGGACAGGAUUCCCCCACAUGCUCUUCAUGGUUCACCCUGAAUACAGACCGAAAAAACCAACCAAUCAAUUUGUCCCACGACUUUAUGGCUUUAAAAUUCAUCCGUUGGCCUAUCAGAUCCAACAACAGGGCGCUUCUAAUUUUAAAGUUCCGAUGCGUACUGUAAGCUACAACAACGGGAGAAAAUGAAACUGAAUCUGCUUAUUCGCCACUUAUUCAUUCAAUGUUACCAUUUAGCAUAGGCGACGUUCAGAAAUUAUGUACUGCGAUUUUUGGCUUAUUUUUUUUACCCCCUCCUCCCCCUCUUGUCAGAUUGUCACAAAAGCCCCAACUCUAACAAAAACGUAACGUUUGCCGACCCCCCUCCCCUAUUUUCUGGAACUUAAUAAAAAACUGAAUGAAAAUUGAAUUACAGUUCGUGCCUACAUUUGGUUCCAUUAGAUUAGCGCUUAAUUGAUUGGUGUUUCUCGUAUCAGCCUAUUCCUUCAUUUGUGCUGUUCGUUUUUAUGGUGAAAAGGUCGCAACACAAGCUGAAGAGAUAUUAUGUCAUGGUGCGUCAAGAGUGUCUCAACCCGGAAUCCCAUUCGUUUCUCGAAACCCAUCUAUUUCUAUAUGUUCCGUACUACGAAUCUACUGCAUAACUUUUGAACGUCGCCAUAGCAACUCAAUACCCUUUUGAUUGGUUACAUGAUUAACCCGAGCUGUACAACAAAUUUGAUGGAAACAGAAGAUAAUGAAUUUUUUUCUUGA